AAGGGUUACAAAUGGCAAUAUGCUCUAUUGUAUGAUGGGAAACGACGGUGCUACCCAAUCUCUAUUUGCCACGAAAGAUCUAGCAACGUCCGGGUGGGAACGCAUACCUCUGACGAAAAGGAAUGCUGAAGAUUUUCACGACAACUCCGCAGAGGCAUAUGCGGAUGAAACUCUAGGUACAGACAAAGAAACGGAGGAAGUACCUGGGUACUUGGCAAUGGACUCCUGGAUUGAUACGAGUAAUGAAAAUACAGAGGUGGAUGGGAGCUGCGCCAAUUACCAGAAUCUUGUCAAUAGAGCCAAAGGGUAUAUAUUAGCAGGCAAUAACGUGAGCCCAACGGAUAUCGAGAAAGAUGGAGGACCCAAGGCGCCACCACUGAAGAGAUGGUCUGACAUAAUGGCUAUUGAAUGGUCAAGGGAAGAGGCUGCAUCAGCAUUGAACUUUGUCAUACGCUCUGGCAUCACCAACGAUAACACCAAAGCUAUGAUCAAGCAAGCAUAUAUCAGCACCGGCCGCACUAAGGUACCGACGUACCCCGGAGUUGACUUUGCAAUGGCAGAGGGCAACACGAAGGCACAGACAGAGGCAUUCUACGGGCUGUUGGGCACCUACCACGGCGCUGGUGUAGCGUACAUGCUGGCACAACAUCGGGCCGUGUUUGGGAAGAGGAGGAUUGAACAAAUUCGAGCUUGGGCCUUGACUACUGAAUGGGACCUUACUAAAGAUACGCUUCAGAAUGUGGGGAUGAUCGUUUUUAUAUCAGCCGUUCCGUGA